GUCUUGCACAUGGAACGUAUGAUUCAAAAACGACCGUAGCCAUAUUUGAAUGUGUGCACUCGGCUGUAGCCAGGCAGCAGCCGCCUUUAAGGAAGCUUGUCCACCCGCCAGUUGGAGGAGGACUCAACGCCGACAGACUUGGCCGGUGGGUGAGCUGAAAGACGGCCACUGAAAUCUAACAACCGCGGCGUUCCGCACCGGAGCAGCUGGCUUCUUACUUUUCUUCAUUUGCACGGUUGAACAAUGUGACCGCAGAAGGAGUCAGCUCUCCGAUGGUCCACCACCUCACCUUACUUCACUAGAAUGUACUUGAUGAACGCACCGACUGUCGCAGCGCCUCGCACAGAAUGGAGAGCAUGCGGUCCACCCGGGGGCUUUAGCCUUCCCGUCUGCUUCAAUGACUCGGACGCUGAGUUGUCCAGCAGGGGUUCUAUCUCAAACAAGGUCCAGAUGAUCAUUGAAAGCCUGAGGAGCACUCAGUCCUCACUGGAGAUGGGCGACGAGACAGAGGAAAAUCAGGACGCGCCUCCCCAGGCCUGUAAGGCUGCCGUGGGUUCUUUUGCGCCAGCCAAUUCCAAAAGUCAUACGACUGGUGUUCCAUCCCCGAUCCAGGACAGUGACAAGAGCAGCGACGCUGAAAGUGAUGAUUCUGUGGACAAAGGAAUAGAGGAGGCAAUAUUGGAAUACCUGAAGGAAAAGGAUGGCCACAAACGUAAGAUGGAACUGUGCAGCGCUCUUGCUCAGUCGUCCAAACAGACACAAACUAUUCCCCAGGUUGUCAAAAUAAAGUCUGAAAGCGACACCUUUUCCAUCAUGACCAGCAACUUUUCCAAAAGCGCCACCCAAGCCGCCCCAGCAGGCGUCCCCUUGAAGAAGUACAUCAAACACAAGGUCAUCCUUCGAGAUCGGGCAACCAGUCCGGUCAACCCAAACAGUCUUGCAUGCAAAGUGAAGGCGGAGAACCUUUCUGACGACACCAGCAGCAGCGACGACGGCAUCGAGGAGGCCAUUCAGAGGUACCAGCUGGAGAGAAUGGAGCAGCAGUUGAGGGGAGAGGCCUUCAAACCGCUUGUGGAAGAUUCGGAUUCUUCAAGCGAUGACGGCAUUGAGGAGGCGAUUCGCAGCUACCAGCUGGAGCAGCUCAAAGAAAAGAUGUCCUUACCCGAGAAGGAGACUACAACAAACGCUAGCACUGAAAAUGCAAACAAGCACAAACUUCAAAAGAGAAAAAAGCGAGCGGAGAAGGUGAUGAAGUCCGUGGAACUGCCAUCUUCGACUCUCUUCAAAAGCUCGCUUGAUGUCAGCCAGAGAACCAAAGGCAACGGUUUGCUGUCAUUUGGACUUGAUGGCUUUAAAGACCAGCCUACACAAGCGCCCCCUAAAGCCAAUACCACCGCCGAGCUCAUGUGCGCCGAAGCCAUCCUGGACAUCUCCAAAACGGUCAUGCCUGCAGCCUUCGUGUCCCAUCACAGCGUCGCCCCGAGCGCCUGUGUUCCCGCUGGAUCCUCGCGUGCAACUCCAGCAGAUGAAAGCAACGACAGCUCCAUCGACAGUGAAGACGGCAUCGAGCAGGAAAUAAUGAAAUUUCUUGAGCAGAAGGCGCAGUUGGUCAAACAGACACCAGGGUGCGCUGCGCCUCGAGACGAACCGGAGACGGUGACUGAAAAACACAAGGUAGUGCAAAAGAAACCUCCCGGACUGUCUUUAACGCAGAGGCGGAAACACCAGGAAGAAAACAACCGGCUUGCCAUCAUGACGGCGGUGGAUAAAAACGCAGAUAAAGAUGCGUCUGCUAAACCUUCGAAAGUCCAUAGGGGGGAGUUAAGCCCGCUGCUUUUCUCCCAGAGAAGUCAAUCACAACCAUUGGACAAGCAAACUGGAGACAAGAGCAGUUCACUGGACAGCGACGAAGAUCUCGACACAGCCAUUAAAGACCUCCUCAAGACGAAGAAGACCAAGAGGAAGACCAAGUCGGAGCGUAAUGCACUGAAGCGCCCAAAGGAAGAGGAGCCACCGCGAGGCCCACUUAUGAAAAAGGCCAAAUGCGAUCCUCCAUCCAAGGCUGGUAUUUUGAAAAAGGCCCACAAGAGGAAGAGCAACUCGAAGGACAAGCAUGGAUUGGUGAAAAAGACGAAAGCAAACCACACCAGCAAGAGGCCAGCGGACACUGCAAGGGAGAAAGACACUCGUCAGAUCAAGGAGGACAGCAGCUCAGUGGACAGUGAUGACAGCAUCGAACAGGAGAUCAGAAAGUUCCUCGCCGAGAGGGCGGAGAAGGUCUCAGAGAGGACAAAAGAUGAGGAGAUGCCGAGGAAUGGUGCUGCCUCACUUCGACUUGACAACAUUAAACAGGAAAAUCAGCUGGCUGAAAUUCCUCAACAAAGAAUCAGUGUUUUGGGUCAACCUCUUCUGGGUGGCCCUUUGACCAAAGCACAUCAAGACAAACCUGUGCCUCAGAUGCCGGACAACUGUGCUGUUGGUCCACAAUCACGAACUCUGGAGGCGGCGGACGGGGCAGGGUCGGCUCGGACCGAGCCGAGCCCGCCGAUCGACCAGGUGUCCACCCAACAAACGGAGAGAGUCGAGAGUCUUUCUGGAGCGAGCGUGGAUCGGUCUUAUGCAGAGUCAGUCAAGUGGCGCCAGAGCUUUGGACUCCCCAUCAUUGACCCCAAGAAUUUCAAUCAAACUCCGUUUUAUAUCAGCCUGCCCAAACAGAGAGAGAGUCCAUCCGCGCCUUCUUCUCAUCAAGGGAAAGGCACUGACUUCCAACCUUCCACCCAAGCCCCUCUUUGGUCCCCUGCAAGAACCAGCAGACCCCCUUUGUCCUGGUCUACGGACACAACCGCCAAGACACCCACUGCGAGCCCCGUCUUGAGCUUCUUCUCCACCACCAGGCAGAACCAAGGCGCCUUCACGUCGAGUGGCCGGCCGCACCGGCCGACGGUAGAGGCGGCGGCGAGCACAGUGCACGUUCCCCGAGACAAGAGCGUCUUCGUGGAGCUGGAGUCCGGUAGGACCAACCACGUCCAGGUCCAAAGCAGGCAGAGCAGUGAGGGAAAGGCCAGAGCAGACGGGCAGAGUGAGAAUAAGAGCGGGAAGAUAGACGAGAAAGAAGCAGCUGAGGAGGAGUUUAUAGAUGAGUCAGAGAGUGAAAGUCCAGAGAAGAAGCAGAGCACUUUGUCCUUGUCCAGCACCAUCGACCCCGGCAUUGUCUUCAGGCCUUGCAUUGCUCUUUCCACAGAGGAGCGCCGCUUGAUGUUCAGGUGGAGACACCAGGGUGAAACGAGGAGCACGGAGGCGACAGCGCCCGCCGACAAGACGAAGCACCACGUGAAAAGGAAGCUUGAGUUUGUUCCUGUGCGCAGAAGCAGAGUUUGCUGUUCUGGUUUGAAUUACAUAUCAUUCCGAUGUGACGGCUCCUGUUGGAUUUAAGCGAAAGAAAAAUGUGUUGUUCAUCAUUUGUUCACAUAAUUCAUCAACAGAGCAGGCAGCGUUUGUUUACGUUCGGAGAAUAGAGCCUUAUUUUGUCUUCGUUUUCUUAGCCUUCAAUGAUAAAGUGGCCUUUGCGUCUGUGAAGCUGCCUCAGAGUGUCACCAUUUGUCUUCACUUUGUUUGUCAGCGCCCAAUGUCUGUGUUUGUUUUGUUGAUAUGACCUUCAGCUGUUCAAGUCUUGGACAUAAAAAAACAACACAAAGUGGCUCCUUUAUCUUGAAUGAGUUACUCCCCCCCCCCAAAAAAAACAUUUUUUACCUAUUCAUCCAGUGAAUUAGCAUAAAUGUGUAUUUAAUCAUAGUGCUAUAUACUGCAAUUCUUACAAACAUCCAUCCAUCCGUUUUCUAUGCCGCUCCU